CAUGACUCUGGUAUAGUUUUUAAAGUUCGUGGGAGUAAUUUAACCACAAGAGACUAUCAUCUUGUUGAAGCACGAACUAUGAAUGAGGGCUUAGACUCUUCACUUGAAGAUAUACAAACAGAGAAUGAAAAUAUCUUUGGUCAAAAUGACAUAUGGAUACAGCAUGUGCCUUUACCACGUGUGUUAGAUGUGACCGUGCAACUGUUAGAAACUUGUGAUAAGGCGAGUAAACAAGACCUUCUAGAAGAUGUCCUCCCAAGUUUGUGUUUUGCUUUACCUCACAAUGCUAAAGGUUGUUCCCAGAUUCUGCAUUCUCUCCCCAGGAACAGUUCAGUGUGGCAUAAACUAGAGGAAGGGCUGUCCAACAAGAAGUACCUCCCUGUAGAAGUCACAGCAACACUCUAUGAACAGCAUGUAUCUGCACUUGAAAAUGAGAUGAUCCGUGUUCUCAGUCAGUAUGCCAAUGUUGUGUACAAAGACGACUGGAGAAAUAAAAAAGAAAUUAGCAUUGCUCACUUCAAGGCACAUGGUGAACCUGUAAACAGUGACCAAUCUACUGGUAUUAAAAGAAAGAGAGACGAAUCUCCAACUGAAUCUGAAUUAGAAUGUAUAAAAAGUAAUUUAUGGGCACAUUCUCCUCUAGUAUUGGCUGCUGUCUAUAGUCGUUCUGUAUUUUCUUUGUGUGUACAAUUUCUCAUUAAAGUUGUAGUGCAGAGUAAUUUUUCAAUAAGUUGUAUAUUGGGAAGUAGAGAUUAUUUUGCACAGAUUUUUAGUGAAGUGGAUAGGGAGUUAUAUGAACUCUUUCCAACCCACAUGCAGCACCUUGUCUAUCUGCUAACACUACCAAUAACUGUUACCCAGGGCCCAAAGUAUCUUAACAACCCUACACAGUUGUCUGUUAUCGAGAAUGCUCUUUUAAAGGCGAUGCGAGCAGGUAGUGAUGAAGUCCGUGCCUUACUGUGCUUCUUUCCUUAUUGGUUGCCAGUACUCGACCAAAGUCAGUUUUUUAACAAUUAUUUAAGACAAGAAGUGUGUGAGUUUCAAUUCAAAUUUUGACUUUUGAAUUAAUCAUUUAUAUAAAAAUUACUAACUGAAUGCUUUAAAAUUAGGAAAUAUAAUUGUACAACACAUAAUAGUAAUAGUGACAUGGAAUAAAAUUGACAUCAUUGUACUGUACAUUGUAGAAAAUAAAAUGAUAUAUUAUUAAUUUUUCAA